AUGAUGCUUACUGACUUGGUGUUGGGCAUUCUCUUUCUUAUUCAGUUGGGAGUUGGCAUUCUGGGGAAUUUCUUCCUCCUGGGCGUAUACACCUUCACUUUAUUCAUUGGCCAAAAUCUGAGGCCCAUAGAGUGCAUUUUUGCCCACUUAGCCUUGGCCAACUCAGAAGUGCUUCUCUCCAAGGGAAUCCCUCUAACAAUUGUCUGUUUGGGCAUCAGAAAUUUCUUGGAUCAUGUUGGGUGUAAAUUUAUUGGUUAUCUUUAUAAUGUGGCACGAAGUGUUUCCCUCAGCAUCACCUGUCUCUUGAGUGGUUUUCAGGUCAUAACCAUCAGCAACUUCAGGUGGGCAGAACUCAAAAUCAAAGCCCCAAAGUACAUUGUUCCUGCCUGCUUCCUCUGUUGGUGUUUCUACCUGCUGAUAAAUUUCACUUUGCUUUGGACUAUGCAUAACUCAAGGUAUAUAACUAAUAAUAGCAAGACAUGGCAUCUGGGAUAUUGUUCAGUUUUAACUCCUGCCUUUUUUAAUGCUGCACUUUUUGCAAUUGUCUUUUCUAUUCCUGAUCUUAUGUGUGUGGGAUUCAUGAUCUGGGCCAGUGCCUACCUAGUGUUUCUCUUGCACAGACACCAUCAGCAAGUGAAACAUAUUCACAGUCCUCAUGUCUCUCCUAAAACUUUCCCUGAGAAAAAAGCCACCCAUGCUAUUCUCCUACUAGUGAGCACAUAUGUCUUCUUUUAUUCCAUUAAUUCUAGCUUGUCAACAUACCUCUUUAAAAUUGACAAACAUCACCCUGGGCUCAUGGCCACCUCAAACUUCUUAGCAGCAUUGUUCCCAACCAUCAGCCCUUUUGUGCUGAUCUUCUCUGACUCCCAAGUCCUCAAAUGUUGGUAUGCUUUGUGGCCUAGGAGAUGUUUCUGUAUGUUUUGUAACAGUAUUCCUAACCAUACCCCCUCCUAG